AUGCCACGAGAGGAGGAUCGUGGCACGCCGUACGAUGGAGACCAUGAACCGUACAUACAUGGCCGAUCCUGCCGGCGGCCGGUGGCCAACGUGCUCGGAAGAAAACCUGGCGGGGCGAAGAGCACACACUCGUCAAGGCAAGGAAAGGCAUCCACGCGACCACGCCGGCCUGAGAGGGAAGCGCAUGCAACCAAAGCUAAGCUAGCUCGCGAGUUUACGUGGCUUUGCCUCUUUUAAUCUUCUUCGCAAGCGUGCCCCUUUCCUCGAAGCAAUCCCUCCUCCCGCGCUUCACUCCAACCCACGCACGCCCGGACACGGUUCAUAUACAUAUAUACACGCACACAACACCAUCGAUUCAUUCCAUCAGCUUCAUCCAUCAUCGUACUUACCAAGAGCAGCUAGCAGCAGCCUACCUAGCAUCUCAGCUCGAUCCGUCGUGUAGUUCCCCGUCCGAAUUCUUCAGACAACCGCCGCCGUCGCCAGUCAUCCAUGGCCACCGCCGCCGCCGCACGGUCGUACCUCGACUUCGAGCCGACGCACAACGUCGUCCAGGACACCAACAAGCAGACCCUCGUCAUCAACCUCCCAGGGUUCAAGAAGGAGCACCUGCGGGUGCAGAUCGACCACUACGGGAAGCUGCGGAUCAGCGGCGAGCGGCAGCUGGAGCAAGGCAGCAGCAAGUGGAGCCGGUUCCGCAAGGAGUUCCACAUCCCCGAGGGCUGCGACCCCACGGGCGUCCGCGCCAGGUUCGAGAAGGACGGCGUCCUCCACAUCACCAUGCCCAGGCUCUCCCCCGUCGAGGAACCAAAGAUGCCAAAUCCAAUGGCUGCCGCAGACGCCGCCACCACCGGCCAAGGCCAGAGCGCGGCAGCCGCUCACGGUGCUGCUCCGGCGCAACCGGCCGCUGCGGCAGAAGAGAAGAAGCAACACGAGGAGGAGGCAGCGAGGAUGCGUCCUGGGGAAGAGGACGAGCACAUGACCAGCGGAGACGAAGGAGGCAUCGCAGAGGCGGCCGCCGCUCGGCGUCGUCCAGGCUACGGUUUCGUCAGGGACCGGAGUGGGAUGGUCCGGAGACUGCUCCUCGCCGUGGCGCUGGUCGUGGUUGGCGUUGCUGGCUUGUAUGCUAGGUACAGGUUGAUGGGUCCGUCGGCUGAGCCUUCGCCGGCGGAUGACACUGCCGUUGUUGGCCUCUCUGACUACUGAUCAUCUAUCGUUCGCAAUGGUGAAGAACUGACGAUACGGGGGGGUGAAUCUGCCCGCCUGAACAAUGUGUAAAUAUGAUACCGCACUGAAGCUUCACGCAUUCGGUGCUUAUACAUAAUGUGCUACAGGUUCUUAUAAAAGAAGAAACAUCACGUCGCCUUUGAAAUA